AUGCUGUCACCCCCGCCGCCCACCGUGCUGGUGCCGUCGGAGCGCGCCGUGGUGCUGCUGUCGUGCGCGCUCUCGGCGCUCGGCUCUGGCCUGCUGGUGGCCACCCACGCCCUGUGGCCCGACCUGCGCAGCCGGGCGCGGCGGCUGCUGCUCUUCCUGUCGCUGGCAGACCUGCUCUCGGCCGCCUCCUACUUCUACGGGGUGCUGCAGGACUUCGCGGGCCCUUCGUGGGACUGCGUGCUGCAGGGCGCGCUCUCCACCUUCGCCAACACCAGCUCCUUCUUCUGGACCGUGGCCAUCGCCCUCUACCUGUACCUCAGCAUCGUCCGCGCCGGGCGCGGACCCUGCACUGACCGCCUGCUCUGGGUCUUCCACGUUGUUAGCUGGGGGGUUCCACUGGCCAUCACUGCGGCAGCUGUCGCCCUAAAGAAGAUCGGCUACGACGCCUCCGACGUGUCUGUGGGCUGGUGCUGGAUUGACCUGGAGGCCGAGGACCGCGUCCUGUGGAUGCUGCUGACGGGGAAGCUGUGGGAGAUGCUGGCUUACAUCACACUGCCCCUGCUGUACCUUCUGGUCAGGAAGCACAUCAAUAGGGCGCACGAGGCCCUCUCAGAGUACCGGCCCAUCCUCUCGGAGGCACACCGCCUGCCCUGCCACUCCUCCAUGGCCGAUAAGAAGCUGGUCCUCAUCCCGCUCAUCUUCAUCUGCCUCCGGGUCUGGAGCACCGUGCGGUUCGUGCUGACCCUCUGUGGCUCCCCAGCGGUGCAGACACCAGUGCUGGUCGUUCUGCACGGUAUCGGGAACACGUUUCAGGGGGGUGCCAACUGCAUCAUGUUCGUCCUCUGCACCCGCGCUGUCAGAACCCGGCUCUUUGCCCUCUGUUGCUGCUGCUGCUCUGGUCAGUCUCCAACCGAGGCCCCAGCUGGCCCUUCCGAGGCUCCAGCACCCUCCAAGACAGAAGGGCCUUAGGCAUCCAGACAGCUUCCAGAGGAACUUCCAAGCACUUGAACUUUGCCCUUCCUAGUUCUCUGCAUAGCCCCCUGGGGACAGGCGGCUCAGUAAGUCCCUUGCUCAAGGAGUGGGUGUCUGUUGCACUGGAGACCCCACUAAUGACACCACCCCCGUGGGGGAGCAACCACCAGCUCUGCUUCGUCUACCUCCUGGACCCUCAGGUGGCACGUUCCAGCCACACCCAUAUCCUGGCACACUGGGGGCCGUUCACUUGCAUAAGGGUAACAGUGAGAGUCAGGGAAACCAGUGGUCCCUGAUCACUGCCUGGGUGCCUCUAGUCCAGUGGCCCUCAGUGUCCUGAGGACCUCAUAGCACUGUUUACAAUUUGAAGGACCCACACCUGUACACCCAUCUGUGUACAAUUAAAAAUGGUGUCCAAGAUGUGUCCCUACCUCCUGCACCCGAGGAGCUGAUUCCUGGUUUGCUGGGCAUUGAGAUUCCCUGGAGAGCCCGGCCUUUCUUGGAUAGCUUUGCUG